ACCCGAUUGGUUAGUGCAGGGCCCUUUCUCGACAGUCGGGUCCUCGUGUCAGUGAACAGUCUGUGUGUGGUACCGCGAGCGGCGGAGGAACUGGGUAUACCCAACAGUAAGCUAGUGGUAUUUUUCACAACGACAUUUUCAGAAAAAAAAAAAUAAAAUUUAUAACCCUCGCUUUAAAUUAAUCUUUGGAUUUACUGGAAGAUUCGUCUGAGAUCGCUGGAUCUAAUAUAGGCUUUCUUUGAAGUUGUCUGCUGUCAACAACUCGUCCCAGUCGAGGGGUUUCCAGCGUCCGACCGGACGGAGAAACGCUCCGCGCCGCGGGAUCACCGGGGUUUUUAAAGGACUCUCAGGAGGCAAAAGAAUAAGUGUAUGAAAAAUAGAAACGACGGACAUUUUCCGCCCCUAUCACUCCGUGGUGACGAUUACAAGUCGAGGAUACUAAGCUUUGUGUUUGGAUACUAAUUUAUUUAAUUUUUUUUCACCUGUGCAGAAGAAAGGGGAGGAAUCCGUCGAGACAAAGGUACAAAGGACAGGCCGACGAGGUGAUACAUCCAGUGGUCUGGGUCUGAGUGUGCGCCUCGCAGCCGAGAACAGGGCUUUGUCCGCCGCCAUCCUGCGUAUACAGCGGAGGGGGUGGCGGUGAUUUUUUUCCUUUUUUACCGCACCUUCACUGGGAUUACGGAAAGCGAGAAAACACACCGAUUCCCUUGUGUAAAGGACUCGACAUGUAUCCACAAGGCCGGCAUCCGGCACCUCACCAGCCAGGGCAGCCCGGCUUCAAGUUCACUGUGGCAGAGUCCUGUGACAGGAUCAAAGACGAAUUUCAGUUCCUGCAGGCCCAGUAUCACAGUCUUAAAGUGGAGUACGAUAAACUGGCCAAUGAAAAGACAGAGAUGCAGCGUCACUACGUCAUGUACUACGAGAUGUCCUAUGGGCUCAACAUUGAGAUGCACAAACAGACUGAGAUUGCCAAACGUCUCAAUGCAAUUCUGGCUCAGAUCAUGCCAUUCUUGUCACAAGAGCAUCAACAGCAGGUGGCUCAGGCUGUUGAACGGGCCAAGCAGGUCACAAUGACUGAGCUGAAUGCUAUCAUCGGGCAGCAGCAGCUUCAGGCUCAGCACCUCUCUCACGCGGCCCACGGCCCCCCAGUCCAGCUGCCCCCACACCCCUCAGGCCUGCAGCCGCCCGGCAUCCCUCCUGUGACAGGUGCUGGCUCCGGCCUGCUGGCUCUGGGUGCUCUUGGCAGCCAGGCCCACCUGCCGGUAAAGGAUGAGAAGAACCACCACGACCUGGAGCACCGAGGCCCCUCAUCUUUUCACUUGCCUCUGGCCAUUCCUCUGAAAGAACGCGAGUCGAGCACGAAUAACUCAGUGUCACCAUCAGACAGCCUGCGGGCAGCAAGUGAGAAGCACCGUGGCUCUUCAGAUUAUGGUCUUGAGUCCAAGAAACGCAAAGUGGAUGACAAAGACAACAUGAGCAGAUAUGACAGUGACGGAGACAAAAGUGACGACUUGGUGGUGGAUGUUUCCAAUGAGGAUCCCGCCACCCCUCGAGUCAGCCCGGCUCACUCUCCUCCAGAAAACGGUCUGGAUAAAUCACGAGUCCUGAAGAAGGAUGCUGCCCCCAACAGCCCCGCCUCUGUCGCCUCCUCGGGCAGCACGCCGUCCUCCAAAGCAAAGGACCAUGCCCAUAAUGACAAGUCAUCCACACCAAGCCUGAAGUCCAACACACCUACACCAAGGAAUGAGGCACCGACACCGGGAACCAGCACCACUCCAGGACUACGGCCUCUAACGAUGGGCAAACCACCUGGCAUGGAGGCAUUAGCUGCACCGGCCCUGCGUACACCGCUGUCCAUUGCGGGUUCCUAUGCCACCCCGUUUGCUAUGAUGGGUCAUCACGAGAUGAACGGAUCCCUCACCAGCCCAGGCGUUUAUCCGGGUCUCAUUUCACCACAGAUGAGUGCUGCAGCUGCUGCCGCCUAUGGACGCUCACCAAUUGCAGGGUUUGACCCUCAUCCUCACAUGAGAGCUCCAGGCCUGCCAGCCAGCCUCACUUCCAUUUCUGGAGGAAAACCAGCUUAUUCUUUUCAUGUGAGUGCAGAUGGUCAGAUGCAGCCCGUGCCCUUCCCUCCAGAUGCGCUGGUGGGCCCGGGCAUCCCACGCCACGCUCGCCAGAUCAACACACUGAGCCACGGGGAGGUGGUGUGCGCUGUCACCAUCAGCAACCCCACACGUCACGUCUACACUGGCGGCAAGGGCUGUGUCAAGAUCUGGGACAUCAGCCAACCAGGCAGCAAGAGCCCAGUGUCCCAACUCGACUGCCUGAACAGAGACAAUUACAUCCGCUCCUGCAAGCUGUUGCCUGAUGGCCGCACCCUGAUAGUGGGUGGAGAGGCCAGCACGCUGACCAUCUGGGACCUGGCCUCACAGACGCCUCGCAUAAAGGCCGAGCUCACUUCCUCUGCUCCGGCCUGCUACGCUCUGGCCAUCAGCCCUGACGCCAAGGUCUGCUUCUCCUGCUGCUCAGAUGGAAACAUCGCUGUCUGGGACCUCCACAACCAGACCCUCGUGAGGCAGUUCCAGGGCCACACAGAUGGAGCCAGCUGUAUCGAUAUCUCCCACGACGGGACCAAACUGUGGACCGGAGGGCUCGACAACACUGUCCGCUCCUGGGAUCUGAGGGAGGGGCGACAGCUCCAGCAACACGACUUUACCUCACAGAUCUUUUCGCUGGGCUACUGUCCCACUGGAGAAUGGCUGGCUGUCGGCAUGGAGAGCAGCAAUGUGGAGGUGCUCCACCAUACCAAGCCUGACAAGUACCAGCUGCACCUGCACGAAAGCUGUGUCCUCUCACUCAAGUUCGCCUACUGUGGUAAAUGGUUUGUGAGCACAGGGAAGGACAAUCUGUUGAAUGCAUGGAGGACUCCUUAUGGUGCCAGCAUAUUCCAGUCGAAGGAGUCGUCCUCCGUCCUGAGCUGUGACAUCUCAGCAGACGACAAAUACAUAGUGACAGGAUCCGGUGACAAGAAGGCCACCGUCUACGAGGUCAUCUACUAAAGAGAAAGCAGUCUGCCGCUCUGCUUCAGCACUUCUACUGAGAUGACUUUUACUUUUUCUCCCCGACCAUCCAUCUGUGGACUACGACGGGCUCAGACGAACUAAGGAACCUAACUGGUGGAAAUCGUUGGAUCCGUUGGCCUAAGGAUGCUUAUCCUGGAAAGAAGUUAAUCUUUUUUU